AUGAGUGUACCCAAUUUGAGCGCAGAUCAAAUAACAGAGAUAGAAGCAGCAGAAGCUUGCAAAUGGCUGCGAGCUGCAGGUUUUCCUCAGUAUGCACAGAUGUACGAAGAUCUCCAGUUUCCAAUCGACGUGUCAGGAGUUCAAAACGACCAUCCGUUUUUGGACGCGGACUCUCUACAGUCGCUCUUCAGACGGUUGACCGCUCUCAAUCGUUGUGCAAACAUGAAGCUCGAACAUCAUCAUCAUCAGAAAAGAUCCAACGACUCUGACGAUGAGCAAUGCGCCUUGAGCGACAAGUGGCAAUACGAGAGAAAAUCGAGGCGAUGGUCGAGAGUGGUAGAGAUUACCCCUCAGGCACAAAGGAGGCUACAGGUGAUAGCAGCUCGAGCCCUAGCAGAGAGGGAGGCUCGGGAAGCGAGAGGAGAGGUGGAAGAUGAUGAAGAUGAAACUCUUCCCACCAUCAGAGUGGGCCUCGUGGAUGCUGAUGGUCACUACACAGAUGUUGAACCUGAUUUAUUAACAGUACCUGGACAACAGACUCAUAUACAGUUACCAAGUGACAAAGAAGAUGAAGAAGACACAGGCACCAGGUUUAGGAGAACAGGUUCUGAAAGGCUACGUGAUGGAGCAAAGGCUUUAUUACGAAGAGUGGAAUCCCUAAAAACAAGAAGAAGAAAACGGCAAAAUCGAACAGAAGUUAUCGUCUCUUCUCCACAUUUUUUAGAUGUCCAGCAAGAUAAAUACCCUGAUUUAAAUUAUAUUGAUAUGACUCCAACAUCACCUACAGCGUUUCCUUUUCCUGAUUUCCAUAGUUCUCCCCUCCAUGCACCAGCUAUCCGAACCCAGCCCCCAUCCCCAAUGACAAUUAUGCCCCCGUCUCCUAUCGCACCCCUUGAACAAUCCUUUGUUUUACAUGCACCUUUCGGAGAUGACAGCUCAAGUUAUGCGUCAGAUGGCAGUAUGGGCUCAAGCAAUAAAAGUACUAAGUCAAAAUUAGGCAGAGCCAAAAGGAUCUUCCAUAGAGGCUUAAAAAGUGAUGAUUCGAGUGCAUUGAGUGACUCUGAAUGUCAGCCAGCAAGUUGGAGACAUAAUUAUUAUAAAGAGCAUAAUACUCAUCAUAAUACUGAGGUAUACGUUGAGCCGACGCCAACUAUAGAAUUGAAGGCUGAUCCAGAAGUAUUAAGGGAAGUCCAGAAAUCUCCCGGACAUACGCCGCACAGACGACAAGCUAUCAGAACGAGUUCGUUGAAUUUGGGGAAGGAGGGAAAGUUUCGAGACAGAAGUCUUAAAAGAGACAAAUCGGCGUCGAGAAGUUCCGAACUGGAUAGCAGCCCAAAUUCGGCAGGAUCGAGGUCACAAGACGGUGACCAAGAUGACGAUGACGACAGCCUUGACAUGAAAACAAAAAAAAACAAUAUACAGAGAUGGUAUUCGUUUAGGACCAAUGCACUUAACGGUGGACCCAAAGCCAACAACACUUUGCAGCCCGCGCCAAAUCAGAAAAACCCCGAGACUUACCUUUCCCGUCCAAUGUCUUCCUUGUCAUGCGGCCAAUUACAUAUACUUAGAAAACUAGCGCUGUUAAGGUUAACUGCUUGUAUGGAACGAUACUGUCCAUCACACAAAUCUGGCUGGAACUGGGAGCUGCCUAAACUCAUUAGAAAGAUUAAAACGCCUGAUUACAAAGAUAAAACAGUUUUUGGCGUACCACUGACGGUGUCAUUGCAGCGUACCGGCCAUUCUUUACCCAAACCAAUACAAUGUGCUCUAAAUUGGUUGAAAAAUAACGCCUUGGAUCAGAUGGGUAUAUUCAGAAAAGCAGGCGUGAAGUCUCGGACGGCCAAACUUCGUACUAUAGUGGAAUCAGCAGGGGCGGUAAACGCGGCCUUUGCUAUAGAAAACAUGAAUACAAUAGAGCCUAAGCAAUCUAGCUUGAAUUUUGAAGGUGCGCAGGCGCAUGACGUCGCAGACAUGGUCAAGCAAUACUUUAGAGAACUUCCCGAUGCAUUACUCACUAAUAAACUUAGUGAAACCUUCAUCGCUAUAUUUCAACAUGUACCUGAGCCUCUAAGACCGGACGCGGUGCAGUGCGCUCUAUUACUUCUGCCUGAAGAACAUUUGGAAGCUUUGCAAUCUUUAUUGAUAUUCCUUGGGGAGGUUGCAGAGCAUUCAGCUGUGAAUCAAAUGACGGCAUCUAAUUUAGCGGUUUGUUUCGCGCCCACACUUCUAAGGCUACACCACGCGCCCCCACAUACUGGUAGCACUAAAGAAGGCAACUCUAAUAGGACGAUAAUUGAGAGCGUAGCAGACCAGCGACAGAUAAGCGAGUCGCGCGCGGCGCACGCGUGUCUACUGCUGCUCAUACAGCAACACCGCCAGCUGUUCCUGGCGCCCGCGGACAUGCUCGCGCGCUGCAAGUUCAACUACUUCGAGGAGAGUGUGCCGGUUGCACUUGAAGAGUUAGGAGCAGAUUUUAAUCAAGACUGGAAAGGUUUCCAACAAGCCUGCAUUAAAGCUUUACUUAAAGAAGCCAAAGAAAAAACACGAGGCUGGAUGUCAGUGUCGGGCGCGGCGCCACACGUAGAACUCUGCUGCAAGAAGGUGGGAGAUGGACACCCGUUACGGCUGUGGCGCGCCACUACCGAUAUUGAGGCACCGCCACAGGAGGUUAUGCAAAGGAUACUCCGAGAGCGACACAUAUGGGACGAUUCGCUUGUGAAGUGGCGCGUGGCGGAGAAGCUCGGGCCCAAUGCGGAGGUGUUUCAGUACAUCACGGCUUCUAGCUUCAAUUUGGCAACCAGAGAUUAUUGUGUGUUACGAUCAUGGCAACAAGGUGGCGGUAGCGGCGGCGGCGGCGGAUGGUGCGCGGUCGCAGAGACGUCAGUCGCGCACGGCGCGCCGCCGGGGGAGGGCGCGCGCGGCGUCGUGCUCGCGUCGCGCUACCUCGCGCAGCCGGCGGGCAAGGGGCGCAGCAGAUUGGUGCAUUUGGCGCGUGUUGAUACUAUGGGUAGAACACCAGAAUGGUACAACAAAUGCUACGGUCACAUCUGUGCUUUGUACUUGGCGAGGAUACGCGCCUCCUUCAAGCAUAAUACAGAAGGUCCGGAAUCGAAUGUA